AUGCAUGAGCGUCAGAGAGUGUGGCGUGCUUGUCAGCCAUGUCGCCGCAAGAAAAUAAAAUGCGAUGGACAGUCUCCAUGCCAAACUUGCAGUCGGAAGCAAUCAGCAUGUGUCUAUGAGGAGCCGAACAGCAAGACAGGGUCAGCGGAUCCACUAGAUGUCAUAAGGCUCGAGAAUCGAAUACAAAUGAUGGAGCAAACACUAAGGCUGCAGCUUACACGCCAGCAACAAGGGGAGAAUAAUCGGACUUCUGGGGCGCCAGUAGGUCGAUCAGCAUUUGUUCUUCAUGACGGUGUGGGUUCUUGUUAUACAGAAGAGCUCCAGGAUGAGCAGUGUACAGGGUUGUCGGAAGCGCCGCUGCUAGCAUCCCAGUCGCCUUCUUCUGAGGGUGAUGACGGUAAUCGAGUAGGGGGAUCGGCUCUUGACGGCUCUGAUACUCUGCUUGGGGAAAUCCUGGAUCCUGCCGCGCCUACUCCAGUCGACGUAACUCGAUUACCGGAGCCACUGCUACAAGCUCUGGUUGACUCAUUCUACUCCUCUUACUACCCGAUAUUCCCUAUUAUUGAGCAACAUGAUUUUCAAUGGGAAUACGAUCGCUGGUCGUCCAUGCGUCAAGGCGGCGAUGGCGAUGCCAGCAACUUUUCAUUUCUAUUAUACGCACUGCUCGCCGUGGCAGCGUCAGCAAUCCCGGCGGAGCACACGGUAUUUGACCAACCUGGCCUACAAUUUUAUAAACGUGUAAACCUUGGAAAUCUGCUUUACUCCCAUGCCACCUCCAAUUGUUCAGGACUGCCAUUCCAGCAAGAUGGGAAAAAUUCCAUGAACUCCGCCAUCGCGCUGGGCCUUCUCAGCCUUUACCUGAUCGGAGUCGGUAAUGUGAGUGGUGCAUGGGCCAUCGCGGGUCACGCAGUUCAUCUAUAUCAAGGCUUGGAACUGGAGGAGCUUGAAGACAAUGCAGAUGGAGUGCCAGAUGCAGGCGAGACUUGGAGCCCAUGUGGCAAUGUCUGGUGGUGCUUAUACAUUUUAGACUGCUCUCUGUCAACGGCUCUGUCCAAGCCCUUGGCAAUUUCUGAUACGGAGAGUGACCUGAGAUACUACGAGGAGGCAAAUUGUCCCGCACUUGGGCUUGAGACCAAGACAGACCCUUGGUUCUCGGUCAUUGCAAGCUUUCAUGUUACCAUAAGCCGCAUUUACAGGUCGAUAAGAUGGAUUCGCAAGUCCCAUCGAGCCCAUAAUGACAAGAUGUGGGAUAUACUUCGGGUAUGCACAAAAAGGUAUGAUGACGAACUGGAAAAUUACUAUACCAAACAGGUUCUACCGAAAAUGGAAGAGCCAAACAGGCAAGUGAGACCUCUAGCGCUACAAACCAUUGCCGUAUCAUCCUAUUACAUCGGGAUCGUUCUUCUUUACCGGACAUCUAUUGAGCACUCGAAUGCUGCGGAUCCAGAAGGAUUUCUCCGCUGCGCGGAAGCCGCAGCAAACUGUAUUCAGGCCACUCCAGGAGUGAUUGCGCACGUGCCUAUUAGCCAUUUUGUGAUACAGCAGAGCCGCGCUCUCUACGCCAGUACAAAAGUCCUUUUGCACUGUAUGCGCCUGGCCAAAAACGUAGCGUUCAACGAUAAAGCCUGGCGCGAUGUCGAGGCAGGCUUUGACAUGCUGUGCAAGAUUGACAUCCAGUGGCCCCAAAUUAGGAAAUACCAGCAGCUUAUUGAGGGAGAUAUGCAGCGGACGCAGAGUGACUUCAAUAAGCACAAGCUAUUUCAUAGAUUGUUUGAUCGUUAUGAGCAAAAGACAGCCGGAAAGAGAGGAAGGGAACAUAGUGAGGGCCAUGAAGGUCGACCAAAUACCAAUAUGGAUCAAGAUUGGCAAUCUAUGGAAUACAAACCAACGCGAUACAAGUUGCCACGGAACUUUGUCCGCGAUGAGUCUGAUUCUACUGCUUCCUCGGCACUGAACAUUCUACGAAGUGAGGAGCCAGAUGGCUAUUCUGUGGUGAGACAGACGAUGAACAUUGGCGAUUUUGUUCCCCUUGACCUUCCUUCCCUGUCAAUGUCUCUAGAAGAUUCACCGUCGGUAAAUCUUUUUGAUGAUGCGACGUUAACGUUCUCCAUUGGUCACAUACACACAUAG